AGUAAUGAAUAAUGAAAAAUCUAAAUAUUUAUCUUUAAUACAUCAUUUACAAAAAUAUUAUUAUAAUAUGAAAGUAAAAUAUAAAAUACCGAAUGAUUAUCAUAAUGAGAAAUGGAAUGAAUGUUAUGAAAUUAUAAAAAUGGGUGAAGAAGAUAUUGAAAAAAGAUUAAAUAAAAUGUUUAAAGAUUGUUUUAAACAAAAAAUGAUAUAUUUAGAAGAUUAUAGAAGAAUAACAGUUGCUUGUAUAAUUGCUUGGAAGGCAUUAUCUAAUUAUGUGCAAAAUUCAUGUAGAAAAGUUAUGUCUGUAUAUUUUAAUUGUAUUAAAAAGUAUAAUAAAAAUAUGCACAUAGACACAAACCAAUUUAAUAAUAAUAAUAUUAAUACAAAGAAAUAUAAUACACAAUUAUAUGAAGGUAAAAAUGUUGGAAAAAUAAAUUUCUGUGAAUGCCUUAUAAAU